AACCUAUUCAUCAAGAAAUAAAAAGAUCCUCAGUUAACCAUAAAGACCCCCCAACACCACCCUCUCAUGUCUCUCUCCUACAACAACUUGAAAAAACCCAUUAGAACAGUUGGGAGUUGACUAGUCGAUAUGUCAUGGAUGAGAUUGCAUUGAUCCAAAAAGGGCUCAACUAAAAUCAAGAAAUGAUGCCUUUAUUAUAUUUCCAAGAAAAUGAAAUCUCUUGAUGAAAAAGUUGCAGCCCUUCAGGCUACCACCAAACUAUUCUUUGAGUAAUCUUCAAGCUUUUUUGGAAACCUCUUCUCUUUUUCUUUAUUCUCUUUCAUCUCUCAUUCAAAAAAAAAAAAAAAAAAAAGGAAAGACUGUUAUGGAAACGCACCAAUUCAUAUACCCAAUUGUUGUCUCCUUUGUAACUGCCCUUGGCCUUGUCUCCAUCACUCUAUGCAUAGUUGCUGAAUUCAAGAAAACAAAGAAGAAAGAUCUCAGGUUUGAUGGGAAAUUGUGUUACUUGCCUGGAAGUGUGGCUUUUGAAUUGGGAAUUGGAGCUUUAAUUUGUUUAUUAAUGGCUCAAGUGAUUGGGAACUUGUUGAUAUGCAGAUUGUUCUUCUCAAGGGAUCAUGAAAAUAGUUCCAAGUCUAAGAAAAAACCCACCCUUAUUAAUGGCUUCAUUUGUGUUCUUUCAUGGAUCAGCUUUGUAACGGCAAUAAUUUUAAUAGGGGCAGCCAGUAGCAUGAGCAAAAGUCAGUCACUUGGUGAAGGAUGGGUUGAUGGUGAAUGUUACAUAGUCAAAGAGGGUAUCUACAUUAUUUCAGCUAUUUUGAUCUUUGUAACUUUGAGCUCAACACUUGUUUCCCUCGUCUUGAAAAUAAGGAAGAAGAACCCAAGUUGAAAUAAGAUGGCAACAUACCUCAACAAGAUGAAUAGAAAAACACAAGAUGGGGACUGAAAUACAAAAUGCACAGACAGAUUUAGCAACAGGUUUUUUAUUCUUUCUGAUAGAGAUCGAAUCAAUGCUCUCAAUCCUAAAAGAAAACACGCAAGAUCCAACUUUAUAAAGCUAGAAGUGAAUACAAAUA